AUGGCUGUACAGGGCACCUUUCUGCAGAAGGCCAGCCGGGCAGUCCCCACACAGCGCCAGCAAACAGCCACGAGCCACUUGAAUAUCGCGCCUGAACUUCCCAGCGAGUUCACCAGCACCUUUACCGGCCGCGUCACCGAUUCCGCCGUCCUGAACCCUACAUUUGCCUCCGUCCUGCAGCAAUUCCAGGCACGCUCGACAAUGACUGUCAACUCGACUUGUGCUGGCUCCUGCUCUGGAGCAGUUGCUGCAGCAGGUCUGGUCGCCACCUGUUCGAUGUCGCCAUACAACUGGACAUUCGCUAAAGAUUUCUAUGACGACUACCCAGCAGCACAGUUCAACGCAUUCAAUAUCUCCUUUGGACUGUCACACGACACUGUCCCUGGCAGCAACGGCAACCCCACCUAUGUACCUAACAGUUAUUAUCAAGUAUGGCGUAACAGCCGUCUGACUGUGGAUUUCCACGUCAAAGAUGGCCGACCAGCCACAAUGGUUGAAGACACUCCCGUCACGGUAGGGUUUCAUCGCCGAUGUGUUCUUCGACCAGCCACCGUUUUCUACCCCGUUGUCAUCAGCAACUCCACGAUCAAGUUGCAAGGACAGAUGCUCGAGGAUGAAGUCUUGGAAUUCUUGGAUAUUUACGAGCCAGCCAUUUAUGGGUCAGGUAGCGGCACCACUUGGCUGGGCUAUGCGUCAACCGUGGCAGAGCUUUACGCAACGUAUGUCAACGUCAGCUAUGCCGGGGCCGCCGGAUACACUUACACCCGGUCCGGCUUGUUUGGCACGGCCUAUCUGAAGACCCUCGGAGAUGUAGUAUCUCCGAGGGCCAUGAUCGACGUGGCGUUCCAUGAUCCAACCGAAGACGUCCUCAGCGGGAUGCGGGAACUGGCUUUCCGCAUGGCCCUCGCUGCGGCCCAAGACCCUGCCUCCGGCAGAUGGGUGGGCAAGAACAAACCGCCCGGGACCAACACGAACACCAGCAGUCCGAACUAUGGAGAUUACAACGCGAGUCUUGCCAGUGUCCUGCCUUUCAAUAUCUCCACUGCGACCGUCGAAACGCGCAACCUCACAGUUUACCAGACCGACUGGGUCUACGGAAGCCUUGGUAUUGCUUGGACAUUCGGAAUGCUCCUCCUCAUCACGCCCAUCUUCUACGGCUUCUGGCUGCUUGAGAGGCGUGUCUCGCUCAGUCCCUUGGAGACGGCCAAGGCGUUCCGCUCGCCGUUGCUGGACGAUGUCAAUCCGCGAGCUGAUCUGGAUAUGAUCCGUGCGCAAGCUGGUGCCAUUCGAGUAAGAUACGAGUGGUCAAGACUGGAGGUGGUUGGCUAA